GAAAGAAACAAACAAACUAUUAGCAGUGAAGGUUAAGUGCUUAUCAUACGCUUGAUCAGCGCUUCCUUCACAGUGUUCAUUCAGCAGUCUGUUAAAUAAAUGGAUUUAUAUAAAACGCAGCACAGUACACUGUGAGGCACAUGCCACGGUAUCCGUGCUUCAGCAGAUGAAGCUUUCCUGGCCUACAAAAGCGCUUUAGACACAUCAGAGCCCUACCUUCAGUCAGAGUCAGCUUAUUUUUUCUGUCGUUUCCUGUUAUUUUUUAUUUGGGUUUUAUAACGACUAGCAAAUGCAAGUCUGGCUGUAACUAGAAUGUUUUGUUUUUCCUCAUUGUUAAGAGGCAAUAUACCAUAGGUGCUAGCUUAUAAGGCACUGAUAAAGUUGAUUUCUGGUUUUUGUAGUAAUUAGUAAUUAAUGUAAUGUGAAACAUGUAACUUGCAUAAUGCAAGUGAACUGGGCAGGCGCAGUAAGUGGAUUUGACUCGAGCUGGUGUAAAAAGAAAAAUGUUGUUGGGGUCCCUACAGGUUAUCGUGGGCUUGAUUUCCUGGUAAAAUAAUGCAAGCCAUACGUGGAAAAUGUGUUUGUAGGCAUUUUUUGGAACCGAAAUCGCUUAUCACCAUUCACCAUUACGAACCCUUCACUUCGCUGUUUUGACAUUCUAUAGCGGCAGUGUUUUCUCGAGCAAUGGGGGCUUGAGUUGGUUUGUUAUGUAGGAAGUGUUAUGGAAGUUUACUUAAGUGACACCAUUUGACCAUUUAUGAUCAUGCUUCUGGUGCAAUUCUGACAGCAAAAAAUACUGCCUUUCAAGAAAAAAAGGGAUCAGCAGACACUCCUGGACCUCUGCAGUAGUUUUACUAGAUAAACUCCAGCUUGACUACAUUUACUUUAUUUUUCUGUUGCUGCAAUGGGUGUUGGCAAGAAUAACAAGUCAAACUCUUUGGAUAGUGGAGGUUCUGCUGAUAGUCCAUAUGAAGAUGAAACCAAACAUCCGCCUUCCUUUUUCCCUAUACCGGUCUUGAUAAACGGUGGUGCUACACCCACUGGUGACCAGGAUACUGAAGACACAGAACUGAUGGCAAUAUAUUCCAAAGAAAGUGGUACAGCAGAAAAGAGCUCUCUUGCAGAAACAAUGGACAGCACAGAAAGUUCUGAAAGUCUGAGAAUAGAUAUGAUUUAUUCAAUAGAGGAUGUGCCUCCUUGGUAUCUUUGUAUAUUCCUAGGGUUACAGCAUUACCUGACAUGCUUCAGUGGAACAAUAGCAGUGCCAUUUUUAUUGGCUGAGGCAAUGUGUGUUGGCUAUGAUCAGUGGGCCACAAGCCAGCUAAUUGGAACAAUUUUCUUUUGUGUGGGCAUUACUACUUUACUGCAAACAACAGUAGGAUGCAGAUUGCCCUUAUUCCAGGCCAGUGCAUUUGCAUUCUUAGCACCUGCACGUGCCAUUUUAUCACUGGACACCUGGAAGUGCAACUCGUCAGAUAUCCCAGUGGUUAAUGCAACUGAGUUACUGCACACCGAGCACAUCUGGUAUCCUAGGAUACGAGAGAUUCAGGGGGCUAUCAUCAUGUCUUCGCUGAUUGAGGUAGUUAUUGGUUUUCUCGGCCUCCCAGGAGCGCUACUGAAGUAUAUUGGGCCACUGACCAUCACUCCAACAGUAUCUCUGAUAGGCCUUUCUGGUUUUCAGGCUGCAGGAGAAAGAGCGGGCAGGCACUGGGGCAUUGCUAUUCUAACAAUUUUUCUAGUGCUACUUUUCUCACAGUAUGCUCGCAAUGUCAAACUGCCUUUGCCCGUCUACAAGUCAAAGAAAGGCUGGACGGCCUACAGAUUACAGUUUUUCAAAAUGUUUCCCAUUAUAAUGGCCAUUUUAGUAUCCUGGUUGCUGUGUUUCAUUUUCACAGUCACAGAUGUCUUCCCACCUGACAACACCAAGUAUGGCUUCUAUGCACGCACAGAUGCAAGGCAGGGCAUUUUGUCUGUGGCACCUUGGUUUAAAAUUCCUUAUCCAUUUCAGUGGGGUUUACCUACAAUCACAGCUGCUGGAGUUAUUGGCAUGCUUAGUGCUGUUGUGGCCAGCAUCAUUGAGUCAAUUGGAGAUUACUACGCCUGUGCAAGACUGUCAGGUGCCCCACCACCACCUAUUCAUGCGAUUAACAGAGGAAUAUUCAUUGAGGGACUUUCCUGUGUUUUGGAUGGAGUAUUUGGUACGGGCAAUGGAUCUACUUCAUCCAGCCCCAAUAUUGGUGUUUUGGGCAUCACAAAGGUUGGAAGUCGUAGAGUUAUCCAGUAUGGUGCUGCCUUCAUGCUGCUCCUGGGAUCAGUUGGGAAGUUCAGUGCCUUGUUUGCAUCUCUCCCAGACCCUGUGCUUGGAGCACUCUUCUGCACAUUAUUUGGUAUGAUUACUGCUGUGGGACUGUCUAAUCUCCAGUUUGUAGAUCUGAACUCAUCUCGAAAUCUCUUUGUUCUUGGAUUUUCCAUCUUCUUUGGCCUGGUUCUGCCAAGUUAUUUGAGACAGAACCCACUUGUUACAGGUAUUGCAGAAAUUGACCAAGUACUGAAUGUCCUACUCACCACAGCUAUGUUUGUUGGUGGCUCUGUUGCUUUUCUUUUGGAUAACACAAUCCCAGGUACUGCAGAGGAACGAGGACUCAGUAAGUGGAAGAAGGGAACUGCUAAAGGAAACCGAUCUCUAGAAGACACGGAUUCAUACAAUUUGCCAUUUGGCAUGGACUUAAUUAACAAGUAUAAAUGCUUCAGCUACUUGCCCAUCAGUCCCACCUUCCUGGGCUACCAGUGGCACGCUUUCAGGGAAUGUGCCCACAACAGGAGUUCCGAAGACAGUUGUGUUCCUGCUGUAUAGUUACUAAUGAAGUGUUACCUGCUUGAGACCAACAACAUAUUAACAGUGUAUUCUUCAAGGUUUAACAAUUUUUGUACAUAUACAUUUAUAUACUGACAGCCAGGUUUGCUCAUGGGUACAAGUUACCCAUUUGUUGUGGGUAUUAAUGUCAUUAACUCUCUUAGUCCUGCGAUGCAGUAGCUAUCGCCUUAAGCAGCUAAGUUUUUCAAGAAGAUAUCUGGGAAAUGUGAAAGGGAUUGUGUUUUCAAAUGAAAGUGUUGGGUUGACUGUGAUCAUCUCAGGUGUCAGGGGGAGGCUUUUAAAAGACCAGACUUUUGAUGAGCUUAGUCACGUAGGACUAAAAUAGUUAAUACAGUCUUAUACUUUAUUUAUUAAAUUGUAGUUUACCUUAUUUAUUAAAAGUGUUCUUUAACCCAAGGUGGAUUUAUUGUUAAAGUAAGCAGGACUGCUGUUUUUGCAGCUUAGUUACGAAACAAUGACAUUCUUGUGUGUUGCGAUAUACAGUCUGCAGCACUUCUGAUAGACUCAACUUAUCUCCUGUAGUACCCUGUUUAUUAUGCCCCUUAAAUCAGAAAAGUUUAUCCUUAAGGAUCAUUGCUAUAGUGCAUCUAUAAUCUGAGUAGGAUAAUCUUCUGGACAGAUCUUAGGAGAAGUGGAGAUUGCAUAGUGGGUUCAUCCAUAUUAUGACCAACUGCAGGAAAUCCAUCAGUAGAAGGGAGCAUAACUCACACCAUCAUAAAUUCUCUGUUUUAGCCACUGAAGUGAAAUAUCAACCUUAUCACUUCACAAUUUGAUGUUCUUACUUGGCUGAUCUGAGAAAAUGACAAGUAUUCUGUAUACUAUCUGCAUUGAGCACACCAUUUGUAUUGACUGUUUAGCUUUUUUCCCUGGUGGUUAAUGAUGGUCCUAGUAAAGAUCCAAAGAUGGCUGAAAAUGUUCUUACAGAAAACAAUUUCUCCUUAAAGACUAAUAUGUCUCUCUUUUGAGGAAGGGGACAGAACCUGAUGUUGAUUAAGGUGAGUCAGAAGGAUCCUUGUGGCAUUUCUUGGAAGACCAUAAACUCUGUGUUAGCCUAGAGUACAUCUGCCUGUACUUCAGCAGGAAGUCUAGUUGUAAGGCUAGACACUCCCUAGAGAAGGGCACAAUCAUAAGAAAUAUUCCAAGUAACAUAAAAGAACAUAGAAUAGAGGGUAAGACUAUAAAACUGGUUUCAGAGCAGGAUUUUGCCACUAUUCCAGGUUAGGCAGCUGAAGCCUUAGUGAUUCCCACCCACCACUAGAUAUAUUGUACAAAGUACUGUACUGGUAUCAAAGUGCUAUUACAGUUUCAGUAAAAUUGCAAGCAUUUGGAAUGAGGUAAGACUGCUAUAUAGGUGUUCAGCAAGGCUUUUAGACCUUUUUGAGGAGGUUACACUAACUUGUGGCCCCCAGUCAAAGAAAACUUGCCUAAUGUUUGAUAUGCAAGACUGGUGGGAAAAGGUAGUCGAAGACUAAUCCAUGGUUAUUUUGGAUAAAGCACCAGAUAAUUUGACAUUUGGAGCUGGAAUGUUGGCUGCCUAAAGGUCAGUUACUUGCUUGCCAAAGAGAAUACCAGCAAUUUAUAUUGUAAAAGAUUUCCAGAGGAGAAGGACUUGGAAAUACUCCUUCAUGCUACUCCUGCACUUUCCAUCAUUUCAAGCCUUUCCACUUCAGGACUUGGAUUGAAAAGGAAGAGAAAAAGGGCUUCCAUCCCAUUUAAAGUCAUGUGACUCUGAUUGGGAUGAGGAGCACUUGGCUUGUAAUGACUAGUUAGGGUGUGACAAUGACAAGGAGGAUUUCCCAUCAGAGGUUAUCACUUUUGGCGUCUGACACCAUGAAGAAAUAAGUGUGGGGUUAGGGAGCUGACUCAUACAAAGAAAAGAUAACAAAGGCCUUCAGCUAUUUCACUAUCUAUUAAGACUUUCAGGAGUGGUUUUAAAAGUGUAUCAUUACAUUCUUACUCCCAUCCUUUAGACACUGAAAAAUCAGGCAGGUUUCACUGGGUCCAGGAACACUUUCAUCAUUCAUUUACAAAGAAUGCAAACACAGUAACUGCUAAGUUUGUAGUGUUUUGUGAACAACUUACAACAUCUUAGCAACCACUCGUGUUAUACACAUUCUAUUGGCAGCAUUUUGUUCAUCCAACUGAAAGCUUUCAUGUGAGUCAGUUCUGUUUGUAUUACUUGGUUGUUGAGACGUUUAGAAAAACAUGAACUUUUAUGACAGUAUUAAUUAAUAUUUUAAGAACCACAAUUCAUAUCUUUUUACACACGCACACAACCUUUUUUCGGUUUAAUUUAUUUUAUACUCACUAAACAGCUAAAGUGCUGUUUAGCGAGUAUAAGAUAACGGCUCGAUCUCUCACUCUCAUACACUCAUACACUUUCACACAUAGACAUAAACACACACACACUUGUUUUUUUUUUUUAAUUUUAAUUUUUUUUCUUUAUUAUUUUAGCUCAGCAGCAAAGAUGGUGUGUGAUUUUUCCAUGGUUCAGAUUUGCUUUUCAAAUACAGGCACUGUACCGAUGUUGGCACUUUUUUCACUAAAGGUUUACAAAAAUAGAGGUGUUACUCUGCCCUAUUAACAUGCAUUAUUUUACUGUAUGAAACAUAGAAGUAUGGUGUGUGUCAGCAAAGAGGUGGUAGGUUCACCAUCCCAUCCCCCUUCCUUCUUUUUGGCCAGUAGAUCAUUGCAGCAUCAUUUUCUUCAGAGUUUUAUAUAUACUUAGACAUAAGACACUUUAAUACAUAUUGUAUGGAGAGAAGCUGGAUUUAAAGCAUUAAAAUGUAUUGAUCUGGCCUGACAUUAUCUGGAGUCCACACUGCAGAGAGUGCAGCAGGUAACUCUACCAUAUUAUGUGUUCCCAAAUCAUUGAGCUUCUGAAAAGAAACCAUUUUGACCAGUUGACCCCAUGUACCAGUAAGAGUAUUGUAAAUAAAAUAAACCUAUUGCGGUAGUCUUUUUGUAGUGCAAAUUUAUGUGAGGGGGAGUACGGUUUAAUUCUACCAUUGAUAGGUAACAAUUUGGUCAUUAUAUCUACAUUUUUGAAUUGUCCCAAGAGCAUCAGAGGUUGACCAGGAAGAUAUUAAAUGUGUUGUAUGUAUUUAAUAUCUAGGGUAUGUGGGCUACAUAUCUCUGAAUCCUGUCAUUGUCUGUGGGUCAGAAAUUCAGAGUCCAUUAAGAGUGUCAGUGUGUUUGGCAUGCAAAUGCAUCUGAUGUUACCCAAAAUAUGUUGUAUAUCCUGCUGUUUAGGGGCACCACAGAAGCUAUAAACUCCUAUCUGUAACUCAGUGCAGUAUUCUUCAUUUAGUUGUUGCCCUGUUCCAGAGAAAUGUAACACCAAAGUCGUGGACAAAGAACACCCAUAUAAAUAACAGACCCCUCUCCAUUUAUUGAGUUUUACCUGUUGUGGUGUUAUUUAGAUUAUUAAUGGUGUUCUUUUUUUCACUUGUGCAAGAGCAGACAUAGCUAAAGUGCAGAAGAAACCCAGAAGCUGGCAGUCUUGUGGUUGAAACUGCAAUGGAAAUUUUAAAUUUGGCAGGGGACAGUUGAGCCCACUACUGCUUUUGGCAGUCAAUACAUAUGUUAAUUCCUUUAAAAUGUCUUUGUUGUAAAAGAUGAUUGUGGUCCUGUUUUCACAUAUUAACCUUUAAAUCAGCCAGCAUUUUGUCCUAUUUAUGGCAGUAUUUCUGUAUGUAAAAAUAAAUAAAUAGCAUCACCAUUUGGGAUCAGAGUUUGUAGAUGUAUUUAGUGGUGCUUUAAUUUUCAUGACAGUGUCAUGCAAAUAUUUAAACUUCUUCAUGAAGGAAAAUUGAGAAAAUAUUGGUUUGCAGCAUGUAUUGAUUUCUUAUGCUGUCAAUGAUGAACUUACUAAACCGUAAACCUGAAUUCAUUCCAUUGUCACCUAGGACUGGCACCUUUUCAUUAACAUUAGUGAGUGUACUGAAAUGCUUGGGAGGAAAUACAUGUUGUGCAUAAAUAUUUUUGCCUUGCUUUAGUUCAAGGAACACUAUAUGCACUAAGAAGCAGUCUGAAUCUUCUUCUGGACACACACACACACACACACACACACACACGUAAUUGCAGUGUUUGCAUGUGUUACCUGAGUUUCCAUACUUGCCAUGUUACUUCAUGUAAGGCUACUUGGUUGAAUAUUCUGGAUUUCUACUGCAACUGCUGUUUCCAUUGCAGCUGUUUUGAGAUUAUUUUUUUUCAGUGAAACUAUUAGCAGAUAAAGUAUUCAAGACCUUCAGAUGUAUUUUGUAUAUUUUACAGAACAUGCAUGCAGACAUUCAAAUAAACUGUUAAAAAGAGGCCAGUGAUCUCUUGAAACUUCCCAUUCUGCAUCUACCUCUUCACCAUCCACUCUUCGAGCUUGAGUCUACUUAAACUCUGUGUUGUUUUGCCUUUAUUCAGUGUCAGGGUUUUACUGGAUUCUUCUGUCUAUCUUGAGUUGUCCUCGUUGUAGGCAUUACCCAUUUAUCUUCUUCCUUUUCCUUCCUGUCCAUUUCUACUAGCUCUGUGUAACAAUUGAUAAUACUGUACUGUACCAGAAUUAGCUGGAAACACUGUAUGCAACGAGACUGAAAAACGAAAGUCUUUAUCUGUGAAUUACCCAAGCUCAUGCUGAACAGGUGCCAGGCUUUCCUUUAUGGGCCAAGUCGUGUGUACUUUUCAGAAUGAAUUUUCCAAACACUGUAUUUCAUUCAGUAAGGCUUUAUUAACGGUUUACAAUAUCCGAAUACUGUCUUCAUUAGCAGUACUGAUAAACAAUUAGUGUUCAGAGUUACUGCAGGUCAUAUUCUGAUUGUCCUGUAUGACCUGGCUUCUGUACUCAGGCUCGAGUCUCUGUCAUCUUCUCUGAGGUAACAGGUCAAAUGAACUUACAAACCUUAACUGAACUGCUAUCCCGAACACAGCAUAGUAUAUUGCUUCAGUUCAGUAGUUUUUCUUAUUUAUUUUUUUCUAACCUUGGUCUCAGGCUUUGUCUCGUCUGUGCUAAGGAACAUUCUGUAGCUAACAAGGUUGUAUCUUUCCCUUGAGAAAAAAAAAUUCUGU